AUGUCAGGUAGAGAUACGGGUAAUAGCUCCGUCCGGCAGCGCAAGGGGCAAGUUAGCGACUUGAGUGAGGACAAUCGAGUCGUGGAACUGUCGGAUACGGAGGAGGAACAGGAGGCAGAGCUGGUUUCUUCUAAGCCCAAGUCGGUCCAAGCCCGAGUCGACAACGAAGACGACUACAGCCCCUGGGUAGACGUCCUCCGCGUCAUAACGUUUCUCAUAUUUGGCUCGUGCGCCCUGAGCUACCUCAUCUCGAGCGGCGAGUCCUUCACUUGGGGUCUGCGACACCCGCCUAAGUACCUGAACGUGGACUGGUGGAAGGCUCAACUGAAUGGCCCCCUCCGCCUCACCCUCGACGAGCUCGCCCAAUACGACGGCACCGACGACACCAAACCCCUCUACCUCGCCAUCAACGGCAGCAUCUACGACGUAUCCUCGAAUCGACGCACCUACGGGCCGGGUGGUUCUUACCACAUCUUUGCCGGCGUCGACGCCUCGCGGGGCUUCGUCACGGGGUGUUUCGGCGAGGACCGCACAGCCGACAUGCGCGGGGUCGAGGAGAUGUUCAUCCCCCUCGACGACCCGGAGGUCGACCGCCUGUACACGGCGGCCGAGCUCGAGGCGCUGAAGAAGGAGGAGCGGGAACAGGCUGAGCAGAAAGUGUACGAGACGUUUGCGCACUGGGCUAAGUUCUUUGAGAAUAGUGCCAAGUACCAGAAGGUGGGCGAGGUGAAGAGGGAGAAGAACUGGCUGGAGAAAGAGCCGAGGAAGAAGUUGUGUGAUACGGCGGCGAAAGGGCGGCCGAAGCGGAAGGCGCCUGAGCAGAAGUGA